AUGUCCACGAAUAAUCAGGAACCUGCAGGCGGCGAUGUCGACCGCGGCCCUUCAGCUUUGAUUCUGCUCUGGGUCACGGCCAGUAUUGCCAUCGUCAUUGUUGCCCUGCGGAUAUUGGGAAGACGGAUGCGGAAAUCGUUAGGAUGGGACGACUGGACCAUGCUCCUCACUCUUGCGCUCUACGUCGCAUAUGCCGCUAUUCUCACCAGGCUGAUUGGCAUCGGCGGCAUGCGGCAUCUGUUCUAUCUCUCCCCGGAGCAGAGGCUGCAGGCCGGGAAAUGGAGCUGGGUGUCACAACCCUUUGUCAUUAUGGGAUUUGCCACGGGCAAGAUCUCCGUCGGUCUCCUGCUGCUACGGGUCGUCUGGGAGACAGCACACUGGCGCAAGCGCCUCGUCAUCUUCGCCAUCAGCUCAGUCUUUGUCAUUACCGUCAUCAACAUUAUCUUCACCUUUGCCCAGUGCUCUCCCGUCGAGGCCCUCUGGAAUCCGGCCCUGAUAGCGCAAGGGAAAGCAAAGUGCUGGCCGCCUUCGGUCCAGACCGACUUUGCCAUCUUCCUCUCCAGUACGUCAAUUUCAUUGUAUCCUGCUCAGAUGCCCCUGUCGCAAGAGGUUAACCCAUCCUUUUCUUUAGGCUGGAAUAUCCUCACCGACGUCGUUUUGGCCGUGCUGCCGGUGACGUUUAUGUACAACCUGAAGCUGUCAUGGAGGAAGAAAGUCGGCCUAUGUGCGCUCUUGGGACUUUCCUUUACCGCCGCCAUCUUUGCGACGGUCAAGACCAAGUACCUGACGUCCUUGAGCGGACGGUCUGAUAUUACAUGGGAGACAUAUGAACUCUACGUCUGGUCUGCAUCCGAGCUAUUUGUCAUCAUCGUCUGCGGCAGUGUGCCGCCCAUCAAGCCCGUCUACGACUACAUCCUGGGCAAGCCGCCCACCAGCAGUGCUUAUGCAAAUUACGGCAGUGGCAGUUACCCGCACAACUCGGGAAUCUCGAGAGCCUCGAGGAACAGUCGUCCGUCUGAUCCUUUCAAAAGCCGAGAAGAUGAACUCGAGCUCUACCGCCCCGACACCGGCAGCAACGCGCCCUCGCCAUAUCCCAGCUCACACAAGAUAGACCAGUCGUAA